AUGGGUUUAAGUUCUAAGCAGGUUUCUAGCAGUGGACUUGAUUGGAAACAAACCUUAUUGGAAGCUCAAGAUUUGGAACUUCCAAAGCCUAAUCUGAUGAGGAAACAACAGCAGCAGCAAGCUCAGCCUUCUGAAUCUUUGAAGUGCCCAAGAUGUGACUCUUCCAACACCAAAUUUUGUUACUACAACAACUACAACAAGUCUCAGCCUCGCCAUUUCUGCAGGGCUUGCAAGAGGCACUGGACUAAAGGUGGAACUCUACGGAAUGUUCCAGUAGGUGGUGGAAGGAAGAACAAGAGGGUCAAAAAAUCUAACACACCAACACCGUCUUCCACCACUGCCACUACUACCCCCAUCACAGCCACCCCUUCUACUUGCACUGGCACUGUCACGACCUCAAUCGGCAACAUGGAUGCUAUGUUAGGUAGUAGCCACGUGACAAUUCAAACUCCUCUUGCAGAUGAUCAGAAAAACAUGGCUUCCUCUCUCUACCAAGCUCUAAUUCGUCCACCACCUUUGCUGCUACAACAGAAUCCGAUGAACACAAGAGACUUAGACGGUAAAGAUUUUGGUAUUGGUAUUGGUAUUGGUAUUGGUAAUAAUGGUAUCUUCCCGAGUUCAACUUUACCUCUUCCUCAUCAAAGCCAAAGCCUACUCUUCCCUUUCUCAACCUCAAGCAGCUCUUUUGACACCAACCCUUGUUCAGUGUCAACCUCUCUGAGAUCCUCCCAUGUUUACAACUAUGGGGAGGAGUUUAAAGCAGUGGAGGAACCAACCAUCAACAGUACUACUGUAGUGCCUAGCACAGGUGGCACUAACACACAGCCAUGGGAGAUAGCGGCAACAAGUGGUGUUGGCUUGGGAACUUCAAACUAUUGGAAUUGGGACGACUUUGAUUCAUUGGUCUCAACUGAUCUGAAAGAUCCCUGGGAUGAUUCUGAUAUCAAACCCUGA